GUUGGUAUCACUGUAUUGCGUGGCUACCAUCUAUCUUCAGUCGUUUCCGCUUCUCUCAAGAAAUUGGCUUGAAUACGAGAAAGACGAAUCAGACGAAAGAGAAUAUAUUUACGUGCAAGUAGUACGUGUAUUGCAUCCAUCAGUGUGAUAAAAUACGUGACGAGGUAUGUCACGCAAAGCGAUGAAGAUGAUCAAUUGGUCGGCGCUUGCCGAAAAAAUUCCAGAAACGGAAAAAGCUGCAUUCGCUGCUUUCAAAUCUAAAUCUGAUCAGUAUUUUCGACGAAUGCAUGCGAGUCCAGAAAUUCCUCCAAAAAUCGAUUGGGCAUACUAUAAGAAAAAUAUUCUAACUAUUGGAUUAGUCGAUAAGUUUCAAAAGGAAUAUGAAUCUAUCACAGUGCCAUAUCCAGUGGAUAAAUAUACUUCUGAAAUUGAAACUGAAGAAAAGAAAGUGCAUAUAAAAAUCGAGGAAUUUAUCAUUGAGUCGAAUCAACGCAUCGCCACUGUCAAAAAGGAAAUUGAUAGAGUAAAGAGUUUAUUGCCAUUCUCUGAAAUGACGAUGGAAGAUUUUCGUGAUGCCUAUCCAGAUAUUGCUAUAAAUCUUGAUAAACCGACGGUUUGGCCACAUAUACCUGAGGUACAGCCAGAGAAUGAUAAAGGACAACCUGUAGUGCACUAAUACUACUUUAUAAUGCGUUCAAAUAUGAAGCGUAGUCAUUUUUUUAGCGUAUAAUCUUGGACUGCGUGCUAAGUCAGAAAAAAAUUUUUUUGGUUUGGUUCAUAUGUAUUCAAAUAUAAAUUUAUCUAUACAAUAGAGACUUACAUAUAUAUGUCUAAAUGUUAUUCUUUUUAUAUCCUUUUACAUAUUUUGAUGUACAUACAAAAUGUAGACAUAUUUUAGUAUAACCAAAAAGUUUAAUAUAAUUAUCAUUAAGUACAUCGAUGAUGAAUAAAAUUAGAUAUCGACAAAUUAUUAACC